AAAGAGUGAACGAGUUUAGGAUCGUCAGUCUCUGAGUUGUCUGGUUGAUACUACAUCUGAAGCCACCUCCUACACAGUGAACAUGGAGUCGGUGUCGCAGAGCGCGCUCCUCAACAAGAGCGUGCGGCAGCAGUACAUGAGCCUGCCGCAGGGACAGCAGUGCCAGGUCACCUACAUCUGGAUCGAUGGGAGCGGAGAGGGACUCCGCAACAAGACCAGAACUCUGGACGAAGAGCCAAAAAGCAUAGAAGAUAUUCCUGAGUGGAACUAUGAUGGAUCGAGCACGGACCAGGCAGAGGGCUCCAACAGUGACAUGUACCUCAUUCCAGUCAAGAUGUUCAGGGAUCCGUUCACCCUUGACCCCAACAAACUGGUUCUCUGCGAGGUCCUCAACUGCGACCGCAUCCCUGCUAAAACAAACCUUCGCACAAGCUGCAAAGCAGUGAUGGAUGUUGUUAAAGAGCACUGCUUGUGGUUUGGUAUGGAGCAGGAGUAUACGCUCUUAGGAAUAAAUGGACAUCCUUUUAGCUGGCCCCCAAAUGGAUACCCAGAACCCCAAGGCCUUUAUUACUGUGGACUGGGAGCAGAACACGCUUAUGGACGGGACAUUGUGGAGUGCCAUUACAAGGCCUGCCUCUAUGCGGGAGUCAAAAUCUGUGGCACUAAUGCUGAAGUUAUGCCAUCUCAGUGGGAGUUCCAGGUGGGUCCCUGUGAGGGCAUCGAGAUGGGUGACCAUCUGUGGGUGGCCCGCUUCCUGUUGCACCGUGUGUGUGAGGACUUCGGGGUGACUGCAACGAUGGACCCCAAACCAGUAGAAGACUGGAACGGUGCUGGGUGCCACACAAACAUCAGCAGCAACCAGAUGAGGGACGAAGGAGGACUGCAGUACAUUAAUCAGGCAAUUGAAAAACUGCGCAUAAAACACAAAGAGCACAUCGUGGUUUACGACCCUCACGGAGGAGAGGACAACAAGAGGCGUCUGACAGGUCUUCAUGAAACUUCCAACAUCCAGAACUUCUCUGCUGGGGUGGCUGACCGAAGCGCCAGCAUCCGGAUCCCACGCCAAGUGGACCAGGACAAGAAAGGCUACUUCGAGGACCGCCGCCCUGCAGCAAAUUGCAACCCCUAUGCAGUGACAGAGGCCAUCACUAAGACCUGCUUUCUUGAUUCAGAAGAAAAUUAGGAGAAGCAGUAAAAGAAAAAUACAGUUGUCUAAGCAUGGAUGGAUUACUGCACACAGGUCCAGUAGCUCAUUUAGCCCACGAUAAAAUGUAUAACGUGUCUUGUUGGUGAGUUAAUGCAAAAACAAACAAAUAAAAAAAAAAGAUUAAAUAACUAUUAAUAGUAAAAAUAACAAAUAAAAUUGAACCAAAUACACUAUAGACAGUUGCAUACAAAAGAGAAAAGUGCUAAAUGAAUAUGAGUGUAAGGCCCCGUUUACACGGAGCAAAAACGGAGGCGUUUUCAUGCGUUUUGGCCGUUCGUUUACACGAAAACUGAGAUUUUCAAAAACUCAGUUUUCACGUUUGCGUCUAAACAGAGGAAAACGGAGAUUUAGGCUUCAGAACGUCACAUUAUGCAACAGAAACGUCACCAGCAUCAUUUGUGUGACCUGUGUUUACAAUUAGUUUGGCCACUGUCAAUAUUUUCUUGUAUUUUACCUGUUUAAUAUUCUAAAGUCACACUUAAAAGUAACUCCACUUCUCUGUCACUCCAAACGAAAGACUCUCGUUCCGUCUUGGAAGUAAAGCCUGAAUUAUGGUCCCGCGUUAAAUUGACGCAGAGCCUACGGCGUA